GGAAAAUCGCCCCUUUCACCUUCUCCCUCGAUUUUCCGGCCAUAACUCCCUCUCCCGACCUCCAAAUCACAAACCGCGAGCGCCCCCACGCUCCUGGCGUCGAGGAGCACAUUCCCCAACGAUUUGGGCUGGUUUGGCUGAGGUUGGGUCGCCGGCGGUGGGUUUUCCGGCGAGUCUCCGGUGUGUUUUCCGGCGACUUUGGGUGCUUCUCUCCACUUUCUUCCUCUCUCUCGUGGUAUCUUCUUGAGUAUCCAGGUGUGUUCUCCUUGUCUUUUCUUAUAUUUUUGGAGAAUCGAUACCUAGAGUUAGGUGAAGAACUUUUAAUUGUGGAAUGCAUGGUUUGGGGAAUAUUUUGGGUUUGGGGGAUAAUUGGGCUGAUUGCAUGGUGAAUGGGCUGCGUGAUAUGUAAUUUUUUCUGUGAUGCCUCGAUUGGUGCUAUUUAGGACAGUUGUGGUAUGUUUGUUUCACCGGGGGCCUAGUCCACUGUCCGAAUCGCUCGAUUUGAGGGUCCCCGGUGUAUUCAGCUGGUAUUUCUCGUCUGAUGGGUAUGCUUGUGUCGCCGGGAGUCUAGUCCACUGUCCAUAUCUUUCGCUAUGAGGACUCCCGGUGUGGUUUUGGUCUAACAUUGACCCCGUUUGCUUGUGUACAAUUUGUCCUUCAUUGUGUUUUGCAGGAUCAUGGAGGAUUUUCUCGACCAGCUGAACAUCAUCCAGCGCCACAAGCUGCGGAAACUCCGUACCCGCAGCAUCGCCGAGCACCAUCACCUCGAUUGGGAGGUGUUCGAAGAGCUUCAUGCCAGGCCACCGAUGGAGGCCGCGGUCCGCUCCCCUGCUUGGCGGCGUUUUCUCACCCUUGCUGAGCCGACCUACAAGGAAUUGGUCUUGGAGUUCUACGCCACCUUCACCCACAAUCAGAGGGGGAACUCCGAUCACUCUAAUGCAGUCCAGUUCACACUCGGCGGGGUGGAGCACUCCCUCAGCUACUGGGAGUUCGCCAAUGCACUUCAGCCAAACAGAAGGGGAUUGGAGUUUUAGAGAGAGAGAUCAGUUCUUAGAGAGAGAAAGCGACGAACAAGAGUCUCCAAGUGCCCUAGAUUGAUCUUCAACACCAUUGGAGGCCAGCUUGAGCUUGGAGAAGUGCCGAUCAACAUCCAGAAGCAGGAAUCCAUCCUUCAUAGUAUGAAUUCCGCGUCUGAUUCUGCUUUUGCUUUCUUCUCUAUGGAGUAGUUCUCCCAUUCAUCUGGGUAUGGAGAACCCUAGAUUUGUAUGUUAGGCUUUGAUUGUAUGAACCCAAGUACUGAUUCUAUGAUUGAUUAUAUUCGAUUGAGGUUUUAAUGAUUGAAUGACUUGAAUCCUGAUCAAAUUCCUGUUGUUUCUGCUUUAACCUAGAAUGAGAAUAUCUGCCUAGGUUAAUAGAGUAUCCUUGAUUGAAGGUAGGGAGUUGGUGACUUUAGUCGAGGAACAAACUCACUAUUCUGUACCGGAUUUACUCCGAUAGUGGAAGUUUCGUUCUUAGGGCCUCAAUCUGUCUACUCUGGUGGAGGUUAGUCGCCCGCUAGAGAUUCAGAUUGAGAGAGUAUGAAGACCUUUAGUCGAGACUUCAGGCUGUUUAAGAACCUUCCGCAAUAUAACUUUCAUAGAAACUGAACUUGGUAAUUACAAUCCGGCUUAACUGCAGUCUGGGGGGAACCAUAUCCGGGUGACCUCUCUUAACCUGAAUACAACUGUUUACUUGCU